AUGGAACUCGAACAGAUACUGAAGACAGGGUCGAUCUUGUUCUUCUUCUGGUCCUCCUCAUGCUUACUGGUGCCAUCCAUGGUUGAUGCCACGGGAGCGAUUCGACUCGGAAACCACACUGACUAUCUAUCACUGCUUGCUUUCAAAGAUCAAAUAACUCACGAUCCCUCGAACGCUCUAAGCUCAUGGAACAACACCAUCCAAUUCUGCAACUGGAAGGGUGUUACAUGCAGCAGGAAGCACCAGUGGAGGGUCGUUGCCUUGGACCUCAGCUCUCGGGUAUUGGCGGGCUCUCUCUCCCCCUCCGUUGGAAACCUCACCUUCCUUCACUGGCUCAACCUCGAAAGCAAUAUUUUCUUUGGUGAGAUCCCACCGGAGUUGGGCCACUUGCGCCGGCUGAAAUAUCUCGACCUUCGUUUCAUUUCAUUCCAAGGAGGCAUCCCCUCCAACUUGACCUACUGCUCCGAGCUUAGAUUUCUCAACUUGGCUUGCAACCAGCUCAUGGGCAAGAUUCCAGCGGAUAUGGCCUCCCUCACGAAGCUUGGUGUGCUACGUCUCAGGAGUAACACAUUGACCGGGGGUAUUCCACCUUCCAUCGGUAACCUAUCAUCACUCGCACGACUCUCUCUCGAAUUCAAUCUUCUGGGCGGAAGCAUUCCGGAUGAUAUCGGCCACCUCGCGAUCCUGGAACAUUUUCAAGCGGCUGGCAACAAUCUUACAGGUACAAUCCCUAGCAAGCUUUACAACAUCUCAUCACUGCAAGUGUUCUCUGUGCCGGAUAAUAAGCUGCAAGGAAGCAUUCCAUCUGAUAUAGGCAUCACGCUUCCAAGGCUUCAACACCUCGCAUUGUAUAGUAACCAGUUUCAUGGACCCAUUCCAACUACGUUGGCAAAUGCCUCGGGACUUGAACGCAUUGUCAUUCCAGAUAACCAUUUUAGUGGAAGGGUGCCAUCUAAGCUGGGAAGGCUACUGGUCCUUUACCUUCUUAAUGUAAAAUGGAAUCAGCUAGAAGCAGGAGAUGCCAAGGGGUGGAAAUUUCUCGACUCUCUCACAAACUGUAGCCAGUUAAAGGUGCUGUCACUGUCUCACAAUAUGCUAGGAGGCAUGUUGCCCAACUCAGUAGUCAACCUCUCUUCACAGCUCCGAGUAUUGAAUCUUGGAUACAACCACUAUAUGUCAGGGAGAAUCCUUCAUGGAAUUGAAAACCUGGCCAACCUCAUCAAGCUUUCUUUCUCCGGUAACCUUUUCACUGGUGCUAUUCCAGAAAGCAUCGGCAAGCUUGCGAGGCUACAGAUUCUGUGCUUGUUUUUGAACAGUUUUGCAGGGCAGAUUCCAUUCUCUCUAGGCAAUCUCAUGUUAUUGACGGACCUCUAUUUGGGCCAGAGUAACCUGCAAGGCCCCAUACCUCCGAGUCUUGGAAACCUGCGAUACCUAUCUCGCUUGGACCUCUCUACUAAUCAUCUUACUGGAACCAUACCCAAAGAGAUUUUCAGCCUUCCCGCCUUGUCCCUCGAUCUAAAUUUAUCUGACAAUUCAUUGGUCGGAUCUCUUCCUCUGGAGGUUGGGAGAUUAGAGAAUCUACAAACUCUAGAUAUUUCUAGGAACAUGCUAUCUGGUAAUAUUCCCAGCAAACUUGGUGACUGUGAGAUCUUGGAGAACUUAUAUCUGAGCAACAACUUGUUCCAAGGGACAAUUCCCCAGUUCUUGAGCAACAUAAGAGGCCUUCGAGAACUAGAUCUCUCACAUAACGAUUUAACAGGGUCUAUUCCAGCGUUUCUAGAGGACUUGAAUCAAUUGGAAAUGUUGGAUUUGUCUUUCAAUCAUCUCGAAGGUGAAGUGCCAGUGAAGGGGGUCUUCAAAAAUGCUACUCAGGUUUCUGUUGAAGGAAAUAAUCGACUUUGUGGGGGUGCUCCAGAAUUGCACUUGCCUGCAUGCCAAGGAAGAUCAUACAAAACGAGAAAGAGGCCUCUACUGCUGAAAACAGUGAUUCCAGUAGCUGGUGCAGCCUCGUGUAUGAUCCUUCUAUUCUCCUUUUUCAUCCUUCGACAGAAACGAAAGCUGAAAGAUAAUGCUCCCAUUGUACAUCCAUUGGAAGACAAUUUCUCCAGAGUUUCCUACACUGAACUGGUUACAGCAACCAAUGGAUUCUAUUCGACGAGUCUCAUUGGCAGAGGAGGAUAUGGUUCUGUCUAUAAAGGCAUCCUGGGUCCUCACCAAGCUAAGUUUCGAAGAGCUUUCUAG